AUGGUCAAGAGAAAGAGAUCACGCGAGGAUGACAUUGAACAGAAGCUCGCCGACUACAGAAAAGAGAUCUUCCGUGCCCUGAAGGGCGCGAAAGGACUAGAACGUCAACGGUACAGCAAACGCUUGCGCGACGACAAGGCGACGCCCGACAAGGUCAAGAGGCUGGAGCGCGAGAUUCUUGUGCUCAAGUCCCUUGAUCUCCAACAGACCGCCGACGCCCACCUUCACUCCUCGCUCCUUAAAGUCAAGCAAAUCGCUGAAAGUCCUGCCCUCCCCGAAUCGAUUAAACAGGGCAUUCCAAAGCCAGACUUAUCCGAGGACGAGAAGGCCGCUCUGCACAAUGUCACCAGCGGCCUAUUUAACCGUGUUCAUGUCCGGGAAGCCAUCGAGAAGGCGGUCCGAGGCGUCUGCCUAAUCCUGAACGUCCCCAUACCGGAAAAGAAGAAGAAGGGAAAAAAGGCCGCUGCUGGAGAUAAGAAUGAGACGGAGGAAGACCAGCCCAGAGAAGCGAAGAAGACUAAGGUAACUGACGCGAAGGACGUGUCUGCCAAGGCCGAGGCCGAGGUCAGCGAGGAAGAGAUCCCAUUUGACGAGAUGGACGACGAGAUCCCUCCUGACAGCGGCGCCUCUGACGGAGAGAAUAACGAGAACAUGGAAGAGGUCGAGCUUGACGAGGACAGCGAGGAAAGGGCCGUGGCCAAGUUUGAGGCCAUGCUCGGCAGCUCGGAUUCGGAAGACGGGAGCGGCGGCGAGGAUCUGAAAGCCAAAUACCAGGCCCUACUGGGCGAAGUCGCAGAAGGAGACACCGCAGAUGACGAGAGCAACAGCGACGAAGACGAUGAGGGAGAGGAUGAGGACGCGGUCGGCCAAGAUGACUCGGACAGCGGAAUGGACUCGGAGAGGCAACGCCGCAUCAAUGCCGCCAAUGUCUCCCUCUCCCCCUCCCCCGAACCGGCAUCGCGCAAACAGAAGAAACAGGCUCGUGCCAAGAAACCCACCGGAAGGCCGGGGGAGACGACGUUCCUACCCUCGCUCAUGGGCGGCUACAUCUCCAACUCCGAGUCCGAGGCGUCGGACCUCGACCUCGCGCCUCCCAAGAAGCGGCUGGGACAGAAACAGCGGCAAGCCAUCUGGGAGAAGAAGUACGGCGCUCAGGCGAACCACGUCAAAAAGCAGACUGCCGCGCAAAGAAGCGGCGUGCGGGAUAGCGGGUGGGACAUGAAGCGGGGUGCCGUCGGUGGAGAGGAGGACGGACCGCGGAAGCCGUGGAAGAAGGGCGUGUCAAACCCGUUGGGCACCAAGCAGGGGAGCAGGAGAGAUGAGUGCCGGAGGGCUCCCGCUCCGGAGGGGAAGCCGAGGCCGCCCCCGAAAAGGGAUGAUGAAGGUGUCCUGCAUCCCAGUUGGCAGGCGAGGAAGAAGGCCAAGGAGGAGCAGACUAUGGCUGCCUUCCAGGGCACCAAGAUCACUUUCUGA